GUUCAUGUAACAACGACUUAGAUAUCAAAGGAAAAGACGUUAUGAUGAGAAUUAAGUUUUAAUUUAAUAAAUAGUUUUUCAAAAUGAGGUUACUGAUUUUGAUAGCGCUGAUAGCGUCCUGUUCAGCUGAAAUCAAAGGACACACGAAUAGACCGAAGAAAAGUGCCGAUGACGCAGAUGAUGUUAUCCACUAUCCAGGCACACAUCAACAACGGCAAGAACCGCCAAGUGCCGUCAGUUGCUACACCACAGAUCAGGAAGAAGGCAGAUGUGUCAAGUCGUCCAUGUGUUUGGACGAAGCACCAAAGAUCGACUCCACGCGCGCCUUCGUAUACAGGUCAGGGACGAAUCCAUGCAAUCACUUCCAGAUGUGUUGUCCCGUCAACAAACUGCGUCCGACGCCGGUUGUUCCCACCAUCCCCCCCACUACAGGCUGUGGGUACAGCAAUGCAGGCGGUGUAGUGUUCAGAGAGACGACUGGCACCUCCACCAGCGGACGUGCUGACUUCGCGGAGUUUCCCUGGAUGGUAGCUUUGUUGAGGACAAGAAAAACACCAGUAUUCGAGCCAUCUUUGAAAUUUCCACGAGCCAGACAGAUGAAAUCAAACUACUUAAAAGACCUACGUACCCGGGACAACAAUGACUACAUAGCAGGAGGAACCCUCGUACAUCCGUCCGCUGUUCUAACUGUUGCACACAGAGUUGAAAAGUUUAGGGCAAUAGAGAUCAAAUGCCGCGCCGGUGAGUGGAACACCCUGAGUGAGAACGAAUGGCUGCCUCACCAAGAGCGUGACGUCUACACUGUAUAUAGACAUCCAUUGUACAAUAUGGAGGAAUCCUUAUACUUCUACGAUGUGGCGCUGGUGCUUCUGAAGAAGCCAUUCACGUUCGCAGCGCACGUCAACUUGGCGUGUGUCUCCCACACGCUCCCUCCCCCCGGGACUGUCUGCUACACCAUGGGCUGGGGGAAAGACUUCAACGACUCCAGAAACAACGAAAAUGUGCUCAAAAAGAUAGCCGUACCCUUAGUCAGCCCCGCGGAUUGUGAGAGAAAGCUGCGUAACACCGUCCAAGGGUCAAACUUUACCUUGCACAACACCCUGACCUGCGCAGGAGGGGUCGCCUACGAGGACGAUUGCGUGGGGGACGAGGGGUCGCCUCUCGUCUGUCCGCUCGGGGACCCAGAUGGCUACAUACGGUACACAGUGGUUGGUAUGGUGGCGUAUGCGCCUAUGGACACUUGUGGUGCAGAUGGCGUCCCCGGCGUCUAUGUCAAUAUACCGGAACCGGACAACGAUGUUGACAAUACACUGAGCUACGCCGACCUAGACACAUACCCAGGACAGUGACGUCAUCACACAACUGCUGUUUUUUUUUUUAUUCUUUACAAAUUAGCCCUUGACUACAAUCUCACCUGAUGGUAAGUGAUGAUGCAGUCUAAGAUGGAAGCGGGCUAACUUGUUAGGAGGAGGAUGAAAAUCCACACCCCUUUCGGUUUCUACACGGCAUCGUACCGGAACGCUAAAUCUUAUCACCCUGCGAAGAAUAUCAUACUAUUUACGAGACACUCUGUAUAUGUAGGUUUAUGUUUAUAUUUUAAGUUUGCUGUAUUUAUAUAUCAUAAUAAUUCUACAAAGUGUGAUAUAUUUUAUGAUAUGUAAAUAAUUUAUUAAUUUCCAAUGUUUUGUAUUAUAUAUUUUUUAGUAUAUUUAUUAUUUGUGGUGUAUUGUAUUGUAUUUAUAACACAUUUGCUCGUAAAGUAUCGCUUAUUUCACCAAUUUCAAUAUCGUAAUGUAUCUCAUUACGCACAUGUGCUGUAAUGUAAAGUAAAAUGCACAUAUGCCGUAAUGUAAUAUAAAACCUUUAUCAUCCGUCUAAAAACGAAAGUUCUUUUUAAAUUUUGGCAAACAGUUUUUAUGACAGAAAAGUGCUCAACAUUAUAAAAAUAAAAUUAACUUUGUGAAAUAAAUAUAUAAUAAAAAAACAUUUAAUUCUUUCAUUUUAAUACUUUUGACAAUAAAUAUCAACCUCUGUAUCUGUAACUGAAACACAAAAAUAUUAAUUUACUUUAUUAGUAAUACUGGCUGUUUUUGGUGCAUUUGCCUAAAAAAACGCACGCACUUUGCUAUCUGUGCAAAAAUGACAAGCGUAUCAAAAUGUCAUCAGACGGAAAACAGGAAAAGAUUUCUUUU